AUGUACCUCAGACCAGUCCACACCGAUCUCGAUCCUCAAAUCUGCCAUAACUUCGUCAAGGCCCAUCCGCUGGGCCUGCUCAUCACCCACCUUCCUUCCGCCGACGCGUCAGGCGCUCCCCUUCAAGCUUCCCACAUCCCCUUCGUCAUCGACGCUCCUCCAAACGGCUUCGCGGCCGAGGGAGGCGAAACUGCGGGGAGCUUGGGGGUACUGAGGGGUCACAUCGCGCGAGCGAACCCUCAAGUCAAGGCGAUCCUCUCCGCCACCGCCACGGCCCCAGCCAGCACAACGGGCGGCCUCAUAUCCUCCAUCUUCGGCUCUUCCACCUCAAACUCACCUCCUCCCCCACUCGAUACCCUGUCAGACGACGUCCUCGUCAUCUUCACUUCCCCUACCCACUCCUACGUCACCCCCACAUUCUACACUACUACCAAGCCCUCCACCCACAAAGUCGUGCCCACCUGGGACUACGCCGCGGUCCAAGUCUACGGUACACUACGAGUCUACAACAAAGGGGAAGAGACUGGUGCGUUCCUCCAGCGUCAGGUAGAGGAUCUCACGCGGAUGGAGGAGGACAAGAUGCAGGCGGUAUGCCCGGCGGGCUCGCUCAAACGGUGGGACGUCGACGAGUCACCCAAGAGCUAUGUGGAGGCGCUCAAGAAGGGGAUUGUGGGGGUGGAGAUUGUCAUCAAGCGGAUAGAGGGGAAGUUCAAGAUGAGCCAGGAGAAUGAGCUGGGGGAUUGGGAGGGGGUCGUCGAUGGUUUCAAGGGAUUGGGGACGGAAGAUGGGAAGCGGAUGGCGGAGGCCGUGGAGGCGAGGGGGAAGGACAGGGUCAGGCGCGGAAAGGGUGACGAGGUGAUCGGCGGGGAGGAGGUGGUCAAGAGGGGGGAUGGAGCGGAUCACGAGUUGAGCUCAGCUUCCGCGGAGCAGGCGAAGGCCGACGGUGUAUAG